CAUUCUGGAUGCAGAUGUCGCGCCGAGCCCGUGAUGGUUUGCUCUGGUACCGCGUUGGGCUGUUGCAUUUGGGAUCUCAGAUGGAUGGGACUAUAUUGUGCUCCUCGUCACACGAUGUAUCAUUCCUCGCGCAUCUUGAUCUCCCAGCGACCCUUGUCUUUGUAUAAAAGUCUUUCGUUCAGUCCUUCGCUUGAAGCAUUCUUUUCGCGUGCGGAGCCGUCUUCAUAGGCUUGCAGUAUUUUUAGGAAGCAUGACUACGAGGAUAUUUCAGGUCGCUGCGCUAGCCUCCAGCUGGCUUGCGACGUCAUGGGCAUACUCAGCCUUGGACCGUCCGAACGUGAUCAACAAGAUGAUGAGGCCUCCCAUCAGUGAGGAUGCAAAGAACGUCGUCUCAUCACACGCUACGUUCUCCCAACUCAUAGAUCACGCGAAUCCGGACGCCGGCACGUUCGAGCAGUUUUAUUAUUAUGGCACGCAGUAUUGGAAAGGCCCAGGUUCGCCGGUCGUUCUGAUGACACCAGGAGAGGUUAAUGCAACUGGUUACGACGUGUUUCUGUACAACAACUACACCACGGGCAAGAUCGCGGAAGAAAUUGGUGCUGCUGUUGUGAUUGUCGAGCAUCGGUACUGGGGGACGAGCACGCCGUGCACAAAUCUCUCGACAAGCUGCUUGCAACAUCUCACACUCAACAAUUCCAUAGCCGACUUGGUACGCUUUGCCAAGGAAGUCAAUCUUCCGUUCGACAGCGACGGCGUCAGCAACGCAGACAGCGUGCCUUGGAUCAUGGUCGGUGGCAGCUAUCCGGGUGCACUUGCAGCGUGGACAGCCACAUUGGCUGAAGGUACGUUCUGGGCAUAUUGGGCAUCGAGUGGACCUGUGAACGCGAUGAACUAUUGGGAAUACUUCGUUCCCGUGCAAGAGGGUAUGCCAAAGAAUUGCAGCAAGGACAUCUCGCUUGUCAUUGAUCACAUCGAUGCCAUUGGUCGCGAUGGCACAGAGGAACAGCAAAAGAACCUACAGAAGAUGUUUGGACUGGAGGAUCUGGAGCACUACGAUGACUUCGCUUCGUCGCUGGAGAACGGACCAUGGCUGUGGCAAGGAAACACGAUGUACCGCAACACCGGCUUUUUUGACUUCUGCGAUGCCGUGGAGGGCGUGAACAGGAACGUGAGCCAAGCAGCCGGCAUCAACGUGACCAGCACCGCCGUCCCCGGCGAGGAAGGUGUCGGCUUGCAAAAGGCGCUGGAAGGAUACGCAGCGUGGAUGAAGUACGAAAUGAUCCCUGGCUUCUGCGCCAGCUACGGCUACGAGGAGUGGUCGGCCGAGAACAGUGUAGGCUGUUUCGACACGUACAACGCAAGCAGUCCAUACUACCGUGACUGGAGUCUCAGCAACACGUUCGACCGGCAGUGGGUGUGGAUGACGUGCAACGAGCCGUUUGGCUACUGGCAAGACGGAGCGCCUGCAGACCGGCCGUCCAUUGUAUCUCGACUGGUGGACGAAAAGUACUGGGUGCGGCAAUGCGGGCUCUUCUUCCCGCCCGAGGACGGUGCCGAGUACGGGCUCGCUGCGGGUCGUACGUACGGCGACGUGAACGCGCUGACGGGCGGCUGGGACAUCAAGGACACGACACGGCUUCUGUUUGUCAACGGACAGUACGACCCAUGGAGGGACGCUGGGGUGUCGUCCGACUUCAGGCCGGGCGGACCGCUGGCGAGCACGACGGAGCUGCCAGUUCUGGUUGUGCCCGGAGGCUUUCAUUGCACGGACCUGUCGCUGAAGAACGGAGAGUACAAUGCAGGUGUGCAAGCGAUCAUAGAUGCGGGGAUCAAGCAGAUCGUGGAUUGGACGGGCGAGUACUACGAGAGCGGGUAUGGCAAUGGCUCGAUCCGUGAUCGACGCAAGUCCAAAUGAGUGUAACGUCAUG